AUUGUCCUCCCUUCGAGUCUCAACCUCUUCAUUAUUACCAACUUAUAUUAUAUAUUAGAGGGAAAAACAAAAGGUAUAGAAGAAAAAUAGCCACCAGAAUUAUGUUUAAGCUAUGGUGCACUUUGUGCACAAGCACACUUUUUCUACUAUUCAAUUUUGCAAUUUCUAGUCUUGCAAUUGUGCCAACAACACCACCAUUGCCAAUUCUUCCCCUUCCAGCAUUUUCUCAAUUGAAAUGGCAACAAAGGGAAAUCAUAAUGUUCUGCCACUUUGGAGUUAACACAUUCUCUGACUCUGAAUGGGGCACAGGCAAAGAAAACCCAGCCAUAUUCAACCCAGUUGGGCUUGACGCAAAUCAAUGGGUGAACACAGCUGUGGAGGCAGGAAUUUCUCUCAUGAUCCUAACUGCAAAACACCAUGAUGGGUUUUGCUUGUGGCCUUCAAAGUACACUGACCAUUCUGUGAAAAGGAGUCCUUGGAAAAAUGGGAAAGGUGAUGUUGUUCAAGAGUUUGUCAAUGCGGCUAAGGCCCGUGGCGUUGAUGUGGGGAUAUACCUAUCACCAUGGGAUCGACAUGAUAAAAGAUAUGGGGAUGAUUUACAAUACAAUGAAUACUACCUAGCCCAACUACAAGAGCUACUCAAUAACUAUGGUAGUGUUAGAGAAAUUUGGUUUGAUGGAGCAAAGGGCUCCAAUGCACCAAACAUGUCAUAUUACUUCUCAGAUUGGUUCUAUAUGGUGAAGGAGUUGCAAAGUUCUAUCAACAUAUUUUCCGACGCCGGCCCGGACGUUAGGUGGGUCGGAAAUGAGAAAGGGUUCGCCGGGAGCACAUGCUGGUCUACCGUCAAUAGGACUUCACUAUCAAUUGGAAAUGCAAGCAUUGAAAACUUACUUAACACUGGCGAUCCACGAGGGACCGAUUGGGUUCCACCAGAAUGUGACGUUUCUAUCAGACCCGGAUGGUUUUGGCAUAAAUCAGAAUCACCAAAAAAAUUAAGCCAGCUACUAGAGAUUUACUAUAAUUCAGUGGGACGAAACUGUUUGCUACUUCUAAAUGUGCCUCCUAAUACAACUGGGCUUAUAUCUGAUACUGAUGUUCAUAGAUUGAAGGAGUUUAGGAGUGCAAUUGACACAAUUUUUUCAACCAAUUUGGCUGAGAAGGGCAUUGUAAAAGCUAGCAGCCAAAGAGGAGGCAAAGUGGGAGGUUUUGGACCUGAAAAUGUGCUAGAUAGUGACCAUAUAUGGACCUAUUGGGCACCAAGGGAUGUGGAUGUAAAGGACCCUUGGAUUGAAAUUAGAGGGACAAGUGAAAUGCUUAGAUUUAAUGUGGUAAGGAUUCAAGAAGCUAUAGGGCUUGGUCAGAGGAUCAAACGGCAUGAAAUUUAUGUGGAUGGUAAGAUGGUAGCAAAUGGAACCACUGUGGGGUACAAGAGGCUUCACAGGCUAGAUGAGGGAAUAGUCCAUGGCCAAGUUGUGAGGAUAAGAAUUAGAGAAUCAAAGGGUUUGCCUUUGAUUUCUUCAAUUGGUCUACACCUUGACCCCUUUUGGCACCCAAAUGAGCAGUGAUCUAAGUGAAGAUUAAGUGCGUGAAGUUUCAAAGUAUCCAUAAAGAAAUAAAUAAAAGGUACUUUUGCUGAAUUUCUUACUUAAAGUUCACCUCUUUUUUUAUGCUCACUUUGUGUUGUUUGAGGCAUUGAGCAAUAUUGUCAUAUGCUGAAAAGACACAAGGCAUAAAGGUAACUGAAAUUCCCAAUAGUAUAACACCAUGUGUGGCUCAUUAUUAUUAUUUAUAUUUGUUCAUGUUCAUUCCAAAGUUGGAUUUCAUUUUAUUUUGUUUGUUCUUAGGCACCAAGCACCUUAUUCCAGGCUUUCCAGCCCAUUAAUGACCAUAUUUUAUUUUGAAAGCCAAUGUGGCGUUUACAGUGCAGAUACUAUUGUAUAAUUGAUCUAUGAUUACUGAUUAUUUUAAAUAAAAAAGAUUGUGGGAUCGAAAAUUCCCUAAAUAAUUAAUAAUUAAUGUGAGAUUUAGUGGGGGCAUUGCUUGUUCUUGAC